AUUUAUCAAUGUGUCAAAAGCCGUCCGCAUGUUCGCAAAAUUUCUUUUCGAUUGCUCUUGCUUCUACAAAUAGUUUGUAGGUACUACAAUAAAUUUGUUUGUUAAGUUUGCUGCUCCAGUUGAUAUUGUGUAAAAAUGGUGAGACAUAAUAAUCAGUUGCCGGACAACCUUCCGCAACUACAAAACUUGAUAAAGCGUGAUCCGGAAUCAUACCGGGAAGAGUUUCUUCAGCAAUAUCAACAUUUUUUGAGUGUACUGGAGAUCUUUCGUUUAGAACCCGACAAGGAAAGCAAAGAUCUCUGUGAAUCUAUUAUGUUUUUGGCGCAGGUGGCUCAGUGCUACGUUGAAGAAUUAAAAACGUUUCCCCAAACUAUAGUAGAUGUUUUGAAAACACACUCUACAACGUUAGAUCCGGAAAUGAGAAAUACCUUUUGUCGGGCACUUAUAUUGUUACGCAACAAAAAUUUAAUAUCACCGCUUGAUUUAUUGGAAUUAUUUUUCCAAUUAUUGCGCUGUCCAGAUAAAGCACUAAGAGUGUUUUUAGAAAAUCACAUUAUCACCGACAUAAAAAAUAUGAAUGCCAAGCACAAGGACAUGAAAUUAAAUUCAACACUUCAAAAUUUCAUGUUUACGAUGCUGAAAGAUGCCAAUCCUAAAGCCGCCAAAAUGUCUGUCGAUAUAAUGGUCGAGUUAUAUAGGAAACGAAUAUGGAACGAUGCUAAAACGGUUAAUGUAAUCGCAACAGUUGGAUGUUUCUCGAAAGUAACCAAAGUGAUGGUGGCUUCAUUGAAAUUUUUCCUUGGAACCGAUGAACAGAACGAAAAAGACUCGGACGUUGAUAGCGAUAAGGAAGUUGAUUUGAAGGGUAUAAUGAUGGUGAACCGGAUUAACAAGAAAACCAAAAAACGUAAAAAGCAGCUCGAAGCAGCGAAAAAAUUGUACAAUCAAGCACAGAAGAAGAAAACCAAGGCAGUUCCGUUCAAUUUUUCUGCAAUUCAUUUGAUCCAUAAUCCGCAGGGAAUGGCUGAAAAUCUGUUCAAACAGCUGCAGAACGGCAACGAACGUUUUGAAGUAAAACUAAUGCAUUUGGAUGUAAUUUCUCGAUUAAUCGGAAUACAUGAGCUGUUUUUGUUCAGCUUUUAUCCUUAUAUUACAAGAUUUAUUCAGCCCCAUCAGAGACAGGUUACAAGAAUUCUACAAUUUGCUGCUCAAGCCUCACACGAGUUGGUUCCUCCUGAUUUGAUAGAAUCGGUCAUCAAAACUUUAGUAAACAACUUCGUAACAGAGCGCAAUUCAAGUGAUGUAAUGGCAAUCGGAUUAAACGCCGCCAGAGAGAUUUGUAUUCGCUGUCCACUUGCAAUGAAUGAGGAUCUACUUCGUGAUCUCACUAUGUACAAAAAUUAUAAAGAAAAAUCAGUUAUGAUGGCUGCGAAAUCAUUGAUUCUGCUAUACCGAGAGAAAAUUCCAACACUUCUUGCUAAAAAGGACCGUGGACGGCCAACGGAAGCUAGCGUCGAAAUUAAAGCAAAGAAAUACGGUGAAGUUCACGCUCUUGACCAUAUUCCUGGCACAGAAGCACUCUUAGAGGCUGCACCGGAACUUGAGAUAAACGAAAACGAUAGUGAAUCAUCUGAUUCAGAAGAUGGAUGGGUAGAUGUUGAGAGUGAUGAUAACGUCGAUGAAGAGGAGAACAAAACAAUCACUACAGUUAAGAAAUCUCCGUCGGAGGUUGAUCACUCCAACGACGAAGAAGAGUCAGAUAGUGAUGAUGGUGAUAAUAGUCAAGAUGAAUGGGUCACCGACUCUGAAGCAGAAAGUGAAAAUUUGGAAGGUGAAAAAACAGAAACUGACCGACCACCGGAAAUCAAAAAAACAUCUAAAACAAAGAAAGCCAAAUCGGAUAAAAAUAUUGCAGUACCGGCUGAGCAAGUCGAGAAAAUUUCAUCUGACGUAAAUACGUUAACCUCUAAAGAAGCUGUUCAGGAGCUGGCGCUGACCAAAUUGUUUACCGACGCCGAUUUUGCGCGAAUCGAGCAAGAGCAAAUUAAAAAGAAAAUGACGCAUAACAAUCGAAAGCGUCAGUUGGAAAAGGAAAAAAGCGAGUUUGUCAAGCUGGAUGAUAUUGAGAUGAUCUAUAAGAAGCGUAAGACGGACAAGGAGGCUCGUAUCGAAAGUAUGCAAAAAGGUCGUGAAGGACGGGAGAAAUUUGGCUACAAGGACAACAGGCAUGAUCCGUAUUGCUCGAAAACCAACCGGGAGAAGCGUAAAACUAAGAAUUUCAAUAUGAUUCGUCACAAGGCACGCGGUAAAGUUAAGAAGUCGUUCCGCGAUAAGCAACUAACGCUGCGAAAGCAUUUGUUGAACAUGAAAAAAAUGAAGUAAUAGGUAUUUAAAUAAAGCGUUUUUUCGAUAAGAAAAGGUU